UUCCUCCUCCUGACCCUUUUUCUCUUGGCUCUGUCGGCAGAUUCUCCAGGGCCCAGCAGUGUCCUCUGUCCACUGCUCUGGGCCACUCCCCACCCCACCCCCACCUGGAGCCCCUAACUCAGGAUUCUUUACCCAGGAGCCCCUCCCUAUCCCAGCUUACCUCCUCUGGACCAGGGGAGCAGACCCAGAUCCCACUACCUCCAUGAGCGCUACUGACAGGAUGGGGGCCAGAGCAGUGCCCAGGCUACAACUGGCACUGCUGUUUCUACUGGUGCUAGGGACACCCAAAUCAGGGGUCCAGGGGGAGGAAGGACUGGACUUCCCUGAGUACGAUGGUGUGGACCGUGUGAUUAAUGUGAAUGCAAAGAACUACAAGAAUGUGUUCAAGAAGUACGAGGUGCUGGCCCUUCUCUACCAUGAGCCCCCUGAGGAUGACAAGGCCUCACAAAGACAAUUUGAGAUGGAAGAGCUAAUCCUAGAGCUAGCAGCCCAAGUCCUAGAAGACAAGGGCGUUGGCUUCGGGCUGGUAGACUCUGAGAAGGAUACAGCUGUGGCCAAGAAACUAGGACUAACUGAAGAGGACAGCAUUUACGUGUUCAAGGGAGAUGAAGUCAUUGAGUAUGAUGGCGAGCUUGCCGCGGACACUCUGGUGGAGUUUCUACUUGAUGUCCUAGAAGACCCCGUGGAAUUGAUUGAGGGUGAACGAGAGCUUCAGGCAUUUGAGAAUAUUGAGGAUGAGAUCAAACUCAUUGGCUACUUCAAGAACAAAGACUCAGAGCAUUACAAAGCGUUUGAAGAUGCAGCUGAAGAGUUUCAUCCCUACAUCCCUUUCUUCGCUACUUUCGACAGCAAGGUGGCAAAGAAAUUGACCCUGAAGUUGAAUGAGAUUGAUUUCUAUGAGGCCUUCAUGGAUGAGCCCGUGACCAUCCCGGACAAACCCAACAGUGAAGAGGAGAUUGUCAACUUUGUGGAGGAACACAGAAGAUCAACCCUGAGGAAGCUGAAGCCUGAGAGUAUGUAUGAGACCUGGGAGGAUGAUCUGGAUGGUAUCCAUAUUGUGGCCUUUGCGGAGGAAGCUGAUCCUGAUGGCUAUGAAUUCUUAGAAACUCUCAAGGCUGUGGCCCAAGAUAACACUGAAAACCCCGAUCUUAGCAUCAUCUGGAUUGAUCCCGAUGACUUCCCGCUGCUGGUCCCGUACUGGGAGAAGACAUUUGACAUCGACUUGUCAGCCCCACAAAUAGGAGUCGUCAACGUCACAGAUGCGGACAGCAUAUGGAUGGAGAUGGACAACGAGGAGGACCUGCCUUCCGCGGAGGAGCUAGAGGACUGGCUGGAGGAUGUGCUGGAGGGUGAGAUCAACACGGAGGACGAUGAUGAUGAAGAUGAUGAUGACGAUGAUGAUUAGCUGCCAUAGCAACCUCCUACUAGCCCCACUUGCUCUCUACAUGUACCUUCCUAUCUUCCCUGCUCUUUCCUGAGCUCCCUGGGACACUAGGUCAUUCUCUUCUGUAGGGCCAAUUGGGGUCUGUAUAUUGGGUGCUUGAGACCCUGGUCCUCCUCAUUGAGGAGCAAAGGAGCUGCUUUUUCUCAGAUUCCAGCCUAGCUCUUUCAUCUGACUUGUUUCUUAUCCUAUACCUUAUCUGUAUCCAUUGUUUCUCUUAUCCCUCCCUCCUCUUAUGAUUCUCUUGCCAUAUCUGUGGACCCCCAUCUCUUUUCUGCCCCCUCCAUCAACACAGUCUUCCCCUACUCAAAUCUUGACACCUUUAUGACUGCCCUGUCCCUGGCCAGGAGGAAGGGAGGAACUCUGUUCGGGGUUACAUCUCAGCCAUCUCUUGCUAAUGUAUUUGGGUCAAAUGCAAGACCUUAAUAAAGAAAUCUGGGGCAGAAUGA